UAAAAAUACGGACAUAAUUGGUGGUGGUUUUGUUGAACUCGACGACUGACUGAACCGAUAAAAGACCAGAAACUAUGUCCUCCACAUCAAUGGCGUCAUUCACCUUCUCCUCCACCACCACCGCCACCAUUACAUCACACUGUUCAUCAUCAUUAUUUUCUACAAUUUCUCCCAAGAAUACCCCUUAUCUUUGUUUUCAUUCAAGCAUUAACCAUCGCUCCACUUCAUUUCCUCUAGUAUCGUCUUCAAAAUUCACCACCACCACCAUCACCACCAAAAGGAGACCACUCAGAGCUCUCACAAUCGUUUCUGCUGUCAAGAAAAUCUCGGAAUCAGAACUAAUUUCUGUUUCUGAUGAAUCAGAGGAUCUGAGAUCGAAGGUUCCAUCAGCUUCUGGUGUUUAUGCUGUUCAUGAUAAUAACAGUGACUUACAAUUUAUUGGUAUAUCUAGAAAUAUCUAUGCAAGUAUCAUUUCUCACCGAAAAUCUGUUCCUGAAUUAUGCUCUGCUGUUAAGGUAGGAGUGGUAGAUGAGCCUGAUCGAGAAUCUCUGACACAAGCUUGGAAAUCAUGGAUGGAAGAGCACAUAGCAGCGACCGGAAAAAUUCCACCUGGCAAUGAAUCAGGUAAUUCUACAUGGGUCAAGAAGACACAGAAGAAGCCUGAUCUCCGCUUAACACCUGGUCGUCACGUACAAUUAACUGUCCCACUGGAGAAUCUCAUCGAUCAAUUGGUGAAAGAGAACAAAGUGGUGGCAUUCAUCAAGGGAUCAAGAAGUGCCCCAUUAUGUGGGUUCUCACAGAAAGUGGUUGGGAUACUUGAGGGUGCUGGGGUAGAUUACGAGACUAUAGAUGUGCUUGAUGACGAACACAACUUUGGGUUAAGGGAAAAGCUUAAGAGUUACAGCAACUGGCCAACAUUUCCACAGAUUUUCGUCAAUGGAGAGUUGGUUGGAGGGUGUGAUAUUCUGACAUCCAUGCAAGAGAACGGUGAGCUUGCAUCACUUUUCAAGAAGUAAAAGUUUGAAUCUUACUUCUCGUGUAAUCUCUCGGAGAAGUGUUUUUCAACUGUGUACCCAAAUUUAGUUCAGUUUAUCAAAUAGUGUAACAAUUGAUUGGUCAAUUGACGGUCAAGCAACCCAAAGCCAGCAAGGGAGUUUGGACCUUGUGCAAAAUUACUCAAGUAAGAAUAUAUUUUUUUCCCCUCCA